UCAGCUGGCCACGCAGAGCACUUUGGUGUAUGGGGGAGUCUGUGUGCUACUAGAAAUAUCGGAAUGCCUGUUACACCGAGCUAAUUUCAUUACAAUAUGGUAAACUAUUUGUUCAGUGACUAGAGAAAACAUAAAUUGUAGUUAUUCACGUGUCAAGUAAAGAGGCCUACAGUUUGAGAAGAUGUCGGCGUCGGAAGGAAACAAAAACACGAACACGGAACCGUGGGGCGGUUUUGAUGACAACCUCAUCCAGGGCACGGGCUCUGCGGUGAUCGACAUGGAGAACAUGGACGACACGUCGGGCUCGAGCUUCGAGGACAUGGGCGAGAUGCACCAGCGCAUGAAGGAGGAGGAGGAGGUGUCCGAGGAGGCGGCCGCCACCGAGGAGGACGCGGGCGAGGACGGAGAGUUCCUGGGCAUGAAGGGCAUCAAGGGCCAGCUGGGCAGACAGGUGGCCGACGAGGUGUGGAGGGCAGGUAAGCGGCAGGCCUCCAAGGCCUUCAACCUGUACGCCAACAUAGACAUCCUCAGACCCUACUUUGAUGUGGAGCCCAUUCAGGUCCGCAACAGGCUGAUUGAGUCACUGAUUCCUAUUCGAAUGAUCAACUUCCCGCAGAAGGUGGCAGGGGAGCUGUACGGGCCCAUGAUGCUGGUGUUCACUCUGGUGGCCAUCCUGCUGCACGGCAUGAAGACGUCCGGCACCGUCAUAAGAGAGGGCACCUUGAUGGGCACAGCUAUUGGCACCUGCUUCGGCUACUGGCUCGGCGUGUCUGCCUUCAUCUACUUCCUGGCCUACCUGUGCAACGCCCAGAUCACCAUGCUGCAGAUGCUCUCUCUACUGGGCUACGGGCUCUUCAGCCACUGUGUGGUCCUGCUGGUCACCUACAACGUCCACUUCCACUCGCUCUUCUACCUCCUCUGGCUCGUCAUCGGAGGACUGUCCUCCCUGCGCAUGGUGGCGGUGCUGGUGUCCCGCACGGUGGGCCACACGCCGCGCCUCAUCCUGUGCGGAUCCCUGGCCGCCCUGCACAUGCUCUUCCUGCUCUACCUGCACUUCACCUACCACAAGAUCCUGGAGGGUAUCCUGGACACGUUGGAAGGCCCCAACUUCCCGCCCAUCCAGAGGGUGGCCAGAGAUCUGCCUGAUAUCGUCACGGUGAUGAACGCCACCGUCAGGAGCCUAGCCGCCGGGACCAUGCACGCUCAGUGACUCCACACACACACACACACACACACACACACACACACCAGAGGGAUGGGGAAGUCAUAUGACGUAUGAGAGGACUGGAGGGGAGAUGCAGAUGGAACUGAAGUGACCGAGGCGCGCUGCAGUUACCUGCAGUACAGGACACACACACACACACACACACACACACACACACACACACACACCCCCAGUACAGGACUUCCCCACCCUUCACACACACACACA